AGCAAGUUAAUCUCUGAGUUAAAGGCUCCGAUACGGCAUGCUGACCGCUAUGUAGAGUUCUUGCUCGUGACUUGGGUAGACCUGUGUAUGCUCUGGACCUACGCAACCAUGGCGAAUCGCCUCACGCGAAGCAGCACGACUAUGUGCAUAUGGCGGAUGACGUUGCCGGAUUUAUGGAUCAGCAUGGACUGAAAAUGCCUACUGUUAUCGGUCACUCAAUGGGAGCCAAAGCUGCGAUGACCCUUGCAUUGAAAUCCCCUGAGCUCGUGCAAGAUAUCGUGGCGGUUGACAAUGCGCCCGUCGACGCUGUCUUGGAGAGCUCAUUCAGCAAGUACAUUCAGGGCUUGAGAAGAAUUGAAGCAGCGAACAUUACGAAGCAGGCCGAAGCAGACGAAAUUCUGAAGGAAUAUGAGGAUUCUCUUCCUACCCGGCAGUUUCUGCUGGGCAAUUUAUAUCGGCCCGAGGCUGGAAAGCCGCAGCAAAAGUUUCGGGUGCCCCUCGACAUUAUCAGCCGGUCUCUGAACCACAUGGGCGACUUCCCGUUCAAGGACCCGACGAAGACUCGAUUCGAAAAGCCUGCUCUGUUUGUCCGAGGAACCAAAAGCAAGUACGUGCCGGAUGACGUUCUACCGACGAUUGGGCAAUUCUUCCCUAAGUUUCGACUCGCGGAUCUUGAUGCCGGGCACUGGUGCAUUUCAGAGAAACCAGAAGAGUUUCGUCAAGCGGUGGUUGAGUUCCUAAAGGACCAGGACUAGAGGAUGUUGACUGGUGCAGUCGUUUCACUCAUCCAUCACCAAACAUUUACGUACAAGAAGCGAGUGGGGGGAUAAGGGCG